UUCGACCCCAAUUCUUUCCCACCGCGCGCUGAUCGCGACUGAUGCGCCGUGAUGGGUCAAGGAGUGUGAGCGGUUGGAGUCAUCCACCCUCCGAAGGUGCUGCAUGAACGGCAAGGCAGCCGCUGGCCAAGAUGGAGGAGGAGCACCUUCGUUGUGGCAGCGGCUCCUCAGCCCGACCUGUCGCUGUUGCAAGACAGAUGGUGAGCAUACCGUGGCAGAUGGGGACGAUGUGCCGGCGCAGAUCGCCGACUGCGACGACGAGUUGAAUCGAGGACUCAGCAAGUCAGCUCCGAAGGUGGACGGCAAGGCGGACUCCAAAGAGUGCGUCCGAGGAGACAAGCGGCGGUGGACUGACACCUCCCUGGCCUCGAACACGGACCGGAAGGAGAUCGGACUCUCGUUGAACGAGUUCGCGAUUGUCCACCGAGCAGCUCGAAGUCUUCAAAAGGCUGUCGGUGUGAGUGACGAGCCGACUGCGCGGGACCUGGAUCGUGGUGUGCACGUGGAGAACAUCUAUGACUUCUAUGAUCCGGAAGUUCAUAAAGUGCGAGUGAGGAAGAUGGACGACACGGUGCUCCACACCCGAACCACACAAGCGCGGCACACCAACAUGAGUCUAGCAGUGACGUUGCAGAGACUGAAGGAGGCCGAUCAGACGGACCUCUUGGGUGAGCUGACGGCGCGCCAAGCGGCAGAACAGCAAGAGAGGCCAGAUGAAGACACUCGGUCAGAGGCAUCUGGCUCUCAAGCGAGCGAUAAUAUGUCCCUGCUCUCGUUGCAUUCGGAGAAGAGCCUUGAAGGUCUGGGUGGAAAUGAGAAGGACAUGCUGAGAAAGGAGGCCAUGGCCAAGCUGAGACGUGUCCGGAGUGUCGUGGACACGGAGGCCACGGCCAAUUGGGGCCACAUCAUCGGCAAGGUGCUUCAUCGGAAAGUCUUGGACUUCAAUGCGGUGAAGGACAAGGCCAUCCGGAAGCGGCGCUUCGAAGAUGCGGGAGAAGCCGUGCCACUCUCGGAGAGUUCAAACCGCACCGGUGUGGCGAUCUGGCUCAGCCGCUUGCAAGGGCGUUGCAAAGCCAUCGCUGCUCAAGCGCUGGAUUUGUCCAAACGGCUGGCCCGCACGGGCAAGGACGUGAUGGAUCAUGAGUGGGACGACCCACAACUCCUGACACAUCUCUUUUCGAGGGAGUACUUCGACACGCUGAUGCUUCUGGCCAAUGCCGCCUGCAAGCUCUUGGCCACACAGCCUCCUUUGGUGGCUGCAUCGGCGCCAUGCCGGGUCUUCGGCGACUUGCACGGACAGCUCCGAGACCUGCUUCUGUACUUUCAUGCUUUCGGCAUGCCCGGUCGCGACGAGACCACCUUUGUCUUCAACGGUGAUUUCGUGGACCGUGGACAACAUCAACUUGAAACCAUAGGCUUGCUCAUGGCCCUGAAGGUGCUUCAUCCCGAGAAGGUCUACUUGAUCAGGGGAAACCAUGAAGAUCGGCUGAUGAACGAGAAGUACGGUUUCAAGCAUGAAUGCAUGCUCAAGCUGGGCAGCGACUUCGGAAAGAAGAUGUUUGACUUGAUGCAAAGCGCCUUUGAUCGCUUGCCAUUGGCAUGCUUAAUCGCCAACCGUGCAUUAGUCUUGCACGGCGGAAUAGGCGAUGGCAUGUGGGGCCUCAGCGAUAUUUGGAACGUGGCCAGGCCUCUCCCAUCGGAGAAGAUACUUUCCAAGGAGAACAGCUGGCUCUUCAACAUCCUUUGGUCUGACCCCAUCGAAGAUGGUGUCCAUUCAGAUCCAAAUACCUUCGGUGUUCACCCGUCGCCGCGGGGAGGCGUCACUGCACAGUUCGCCUGGAACAUUACAAAGACCUUCUGUGCCCGAAAUGGCCUGGGCUUGAUCGUGCGAAGUCAUCAGUCCAAAAAGGGAAGCCGCGGCUUCGACGUGAUGCACAGCAAUAUGUUGAUCCGUGUCUUCUCUGCAAGGGACUACGAGGGCCACGGAAAUGAUGGCGCAGUUCUUCUCAUCACCAAGGGUCGGCCGAGCAACAAACCAGGUGAAGAAGACCUGCUGGUGGUGCGACCUCAAGUAUUAAGGUCCGUCAAAAAGCAAAGAGCCGAGGCCCGGCGCCGCGCGGUGGAGAAUGGCGAAGCGGACGACGCGGAAGAACUGGCCUUCACCAAGAGAUUGAGCACCAGUUCCAAGGGCUCUCGCGGCUCCAAAGGAAGUCGCGGAAGCAGCGGACGGGAUCGACGACUCAGUAGCGCCAGUCUCAGAUCUGGGGAUAGUCCUCGAAGAGGUCGUUUGAGAAGCUGAGGCCGUCGGCCUCCGCGGCUGUGGCCGCUGAGGAUUCCCCAAGGCGAUGCCUGCGAAGAAAAAGGGUCGAAGCUGCCAAAGGAAGGGGCAGUGCAAUCUUUGCAAUGCAAAGGCUGCAGUCUCACCAGGGUGGACACCCUAUCACCAGGCAGCAGGCAGCUGUUCAUCCAGC